GUUGGCAACGAAUUCCUGCGCGGCAUUUCGGGCGGUGAACGAAAGCGCACAAACAUUGGCAUUGAGUUGAUCACCGAACCUUGCGUGAUCUUUCUUGAUGAACCAACAACGGGUCUGGACGCUCACACGGCCAUGGUUGUCAUGCAAAUACUAAAACGGUGCGCUCUCAUUUAG